AUGGCGGUGUGGCUGGACCUGGCCACUGCGUCUCUGUUCUUCGUCUUCUACAGUUUACAAUGGAUAUUUUUCUCUACCUUCAGCGCCGCGCUCUACAGCCUGCGACUCGUGGCAUGGCCAUUCGGCGUCCUUUUGCAUGCCCUGCUCUUUGUCUUUGCUCCUGUGAUAUAUACCGUUCGAUUUCUUCUCUCACCGAUUUUUGUAAUCACGCGUAACUUUCCCAGAUUAGAGCCUCUGUACAUAUACUUCGGCUCUGCCGCCUUCAUAGGCAUCGCCGUCGGCGUUUUCUUCAGGCUCACUACCUACUCGACCUUCACACUCCUCGGGCUCGACAACGACGAUGAGACCAGCAGGAAGUCGCGCUCGCGCUUCUACUCCGCGGGACCCUCGGCGCAGAGCACUCAGCUCUCCCUUUCCGAAAAGUCUCACAAUUCUCAGCCCGUCACGCCCGUAAGCGAGCGGAAGGAUUUCGACGCUCUCCUGGCCGGCAUAAGCUCCGAGCCCGAGUCGGAUCAACUGAUUGCCGCUUUGCAGAGCGCAGGAGGAGGAGGAGGGUGGCGGGACAGCCCCAACACAAAGCGAAAGCGGAGAUCGGCUUCGGGUCUGGGCGGCGGGGGCUCGGGUCUGGCACGGUUCAGCACGAUCUUGGAGGAGGAGGAUGAUUCACUUUGA